AUGAGCCAACACUUGGGAGGAAAAGUGGUAAUAGCAGGCGAUUUCAAUGCUAUAACAAGCCAAGCGGAAAAGGAGGGUGGAGGCCAAAAAUCAGCAACCACCAUUGCAACAUUCACUAAUUUUAUUGACAGUAACGAAUUAGUGGAUAUUGGAAUGGUGGGAUGCCCUUUCACGUGGACAAAUCGAAGACAAGGAGAGGAUUUGGGGAAGGAGAGGCUUGACCACUAUUUAGUUAAGAUGGGAUGGAAGCUGAAGUUUCCGAAUGCAGUGGUGCACAGGCUCACAGAGUCAGGCUCGGAUCAUGCUCCAAUCUUGAUGGAAACCGAACCUCAAUCCUGGCAUAGUAAAAGGGUGCGAAGGAACAAAAUUUGGAGAUUAGUAGAGAGGGACAAUGAGAUUGCAUCGAAAUCGGAGGAUAUUGCAAAGGUAGCUGAAGACUACUUUUGCGAUAUUUUUACUUCUUCUUGUUCGGCUGAUCCGAAUCCAUACUUAGAGGAUUUGGAGCCUAAGGUUACAGCUUUCAUGAACCGCAGGCUCCAAAGGCCGGUAACUAUGGAUGAGGUCAAAAGAGCUACAUUUAGUGUUCAUGCUCAGAGUGCUCCUGGUGAUGACGGGUUUACAGCUAAGUUUUUUCACUUUUUCUGGGAUAUAAUUGGAGGUGACAUUUUUAAGGCAGUGAGAAGUUUCUUUCACAGUGGAAGAAUUCUAAAAAGCUUCAAUCAUACUCAAAUUUGUUUGAUUUCAAAGGUGCCAGAUGCCAGUGACAUGACUCAGAGAGCACCUAAUACAAGCCAAAGUAUUCUAGAAUUGCUAGAGAUCUAUGAGGGUUUCAGUGGGCAAAAAGUCAAUUUGAAUAAGUCGGCCAUCUUUUUCAGUCACAACACACCUCAGAACACAAGACUAGCAAUUGCUCAGACACUAAAUAUUGAACAUAUCGGAGUACAAGACAAAUACCUGGGGCUGUCCUCCAUAGUCCAAAAAUCAAAGAAAGCAACCUUUGGAGCUAUCAAGGAUAAAGUUCAGAAGAGGAUUAUGGGUUGGAAAAGAAGUCUAUUGUCAUCAGGUGGCAGAACACGCUAUUGA